AUGUCGGAGACAAGCUCAUUACGCCCUGGAGAGUCCGACGGGCCUCGGACACUACGAGAUCGUGUGGUCGACGCUUUUCGUUCUCCACCCCAAGCCGGCCUUGGAAUUACAACGAGCUCCAGCCCUGCCGGUCAUUCUGGCAAUCCAACCGCAAACACCUCCCAGCCAGACGUAACAACAAGGCUCCUAGAUUCCUACAACCAUGUCGACCCUGCGUGCGGCGACAGACGCUGCAGCCAUGGCACAUUCUCCCCGAGGGUGGAAGAUGCCGGGAGGCAGGCGUAUAUUGGAUCAUUUGAUGGUUUUGGAAACAACAGACAUGGAGUUCCGAUAGGCCCAGGUGGUCAUUCUAGAGGCAUACCAGACCACCCAGCGUCAGUCGCAGAGUCAGAGACUCUGUCACAGCUGAAGACUUCUUCCAUGCUCUCGGCAAAUGACACAAGAAAACAGUACAUAUCUUACUACAUCCCUCUUUUCAAUUGGGUUGGCCAAUACCACUGGUCACUAUUACGUGGAGAUUUCAUGGCCGCGCUCACGGUGGCUUCCAUAUAUAUCCCAAUGGCACUAUCACUAGCCUCCAACCUUGCCCAUGCUCCACCUAUCAGCGGCCUGUACUCCUUCGUGAUUCACCCUUUGAUCUAUGCGAUCCUAGGAAGCUGUCCUCUCCUGGUGGUUGGACCAGAGGCUGCAGGCUCGCUUCUCACGGGUGCCAUUGUGAAAGCAAGUGUUAUGCAAGGCAACUCGGGCGAGGACGACCUCGCUGAAACAGCCUUGGUCGUGGGAGUCGCUACCGCUAUGUCGGGCAGUAUGAUCCUCAUAGCUGGGUUGACUCGUCUAGGGUUCUUGGAUAACGUCCUGAGUCGGCCCUUUCUGCGAGGAUUCAUUACUGCCAUCGGCUUUGUGAUCUUUGUUGACCAAUUGAUUCCAGAAUUGGGUCUUGCGGAGAUAGCCAAAGAGUCUGGUGUUAGCCAUGGUACCAGCGUUUCCAAAUUGAUCUUCAUUUUUCGAAACGCUGGUCAAUCACAUGGGCUAACUGCCAUAGUGUCAAUCGUCAGCUUCACCGUCAUCAUGAUCUUCAGAACUCUGAAGAAGAUGCUUGUUCCGCGUAUUCCCCAAGUGAUCUACUUCCCCGACCGCUUUUUAGUUGUCGCUCUAUCAGCAGUUCUGGCUUGGCACCUCGACUGGGAGUCCAAAGGGCUUGAGAUUCUCGGGUCUACAGAAGUUGCCGCUGGAGGACUCUUCUCGUUCAACUGGCCUUUCCAAUUCUCUCACAUGAAGCAUGUGCGAACAGCCAUGAGCAAAGCCUUCAUCAUUGCGCUCCUUGGCUUCUUCGAAUCAUCCGUCGCGGCCAAAGGAUUGGGUGAAGGGAGCUCGGACGGUAUCAAAGGAAUGCAUAUGAGUGCGAAUCGUGAAAUGGUUGCACUCGGCGUUGCGAACGUGAUUGGAGGAUGUUUCUCCGCUCUACCUGCGUUUGGUGGGUACGGGCGAAGCAAGCUCAGUUCCCAGACUGGAGCACGCUCGCCAAUGACCAGUGUUUUCUUGAGUUUGAUCACUUUCGCGUGUGUCAUGGUCCUCUUGCCCUAUCUCUAUUACCUUCCGAAAGCAGUCCUGUGCUCCAUGAUCUCCGUGGUGGCCUACACCUUGGUGGAAGAAUGUCCCCAUGACCUACUCUUCUUCUUCCGACUACGCGGUUGGACUGAACUUGUUCUCAUGGUCCUCAUUUUCACUACCACCAUAUUCUACUCAUUGGAACUCGGCAUGGCAAUGGGUAUCGGCCUCUCGGUCAUAAUCCUCAUUCGCCACGCCACGCAACCCCGAAUUCAAAUUCUUGGCAAAGUAUCUGGCACCGAAUCUCGCUUUGACAACGCCGAACUCCACGCCGAAAAUGUCGAGCUCGUUGAAGGCGCCCUCAUCGUCAAAAUUCCCGAACCCUUGACGUUUGCCAAUACAGGUGAUUUGAAGAACCGUCUUCGUCGCCUGGAAUUAUAUGGCUCGAACCAUGCGCACCCCUCGCUGCCCCGUAUGCGCGCGCCAGAGCACAACAAGAACAUUAUUUUUGAUGUCCAUGGAGUGACUAGUAUUGAUGGGUCUGGUACACAAGUUCUUUCGGAGAUCGUGCAUGCGUACGCGGAGCAGGAGGUUCGAGUAUUCUUUUGCCGACUGCCCAAUCGGAAUGUUUUCAGCAUGUUUGAGCGAAGUGGUAUUGUCGAGAAGUGUGGUGGGUUGACCCAUUUCGUCCCUAGCGUCGAUGAAGCGCUGCGGCUGGCGGAAACCGAGGACCAGACGCAGGAACUCUGA